UCGCAGUUCCCCCUCUGCCUCUUCGCGCCGAUGGUCUCGCCCACGUCUUCCUUCCUUUGCGCCGGCGGGGCGCUGGCCGCCGGUUCUCCGGAAGUGCUGUUGUUGCGUCUGGUCCCUGCCGCUCUAGGACGACGAUUCUCUCCUGCAGCCGUCAGAACCAACAGCCAACAUGUCCAGCAAAAGAGCAAAGACGAAGACCACCAAGAAGCGCCCUCAGCGCGCCACUUCCAAUGUAUUUGCCAUGUUUGAUCAGUCUCAGAUUCAGGAGUUCAAGGAGGCCUUCAACAUGAUUGACCAGAACAGGGAUGGCUUCAUUGACAAAGAGGACUUGCAUGAUAUGCUCGCCUCCCUUGGAAAGAAUCCAACGGAUGAAUACCUAGAUUCCAUGAUGAAUGAGGCUCCAGGCCCUAUAAAUUUCACAAUGUUCCUCACAAUGUUUGGUGAGAAGUUAAAUGGCACUGACCCGGAAGAUGUAAUCAGGAAUGCUUUUGCUUGCUUUGAUGAAGAAGCAACAGGGUUCAUCCAAGAAGACUACCUGCGAGAGUUGCUUACCACAAUGGGAGACAGGUUCACAGAUGAGGAGGUAGAUGAGUUGUACAGGGAGGCACCCAUUGACAAAAAGGGCAACUUCAACUAUAUUGAGUUCACACGCAUCCUGAAACAUGGAGCAAAAGACAAGGAUGACUGAGUGGAUCCCUGGAUACCCGCAGAUUAUCUCUACUUUACACUUACAUUUAUUUUUGAGGGUUUCCUUCCUGAUAGAACUUGUUGCAUGCAUUUAGCUUUACAGCUUUUGCCUUUUUCAAUGUAUUUAUAUAUUCCAGGCCAUUUAGGCACAUUUGCACCUGUUUAAUCAAACUGGAAGAGGGGAAAAUAUUGCGAGGAAAAGGAUAUGGGGACAAAGAUCCGUGGACUUUUUAGUCCAGAAUAAUUAAUCUCAAUGUUUCUGGUUUAGCUGGAUUUUUACAUUUUUGUAUUACAAAUGCCAUUUUGAAAUAAAGAUUGCUAUAUAGAUAAAAUA